AUGCUGAUCAAAUAUCUCACCUCGCGCUGCUCACAGCGACGGGGACCACCUGUCCCUUCAUUGUCCAGACGUCUGCAAUCAUAUACAACACCCGGAACAGCAUCACUAAGUCGACUAGAACUCCAUCACCGGGUAGACCUGAGUCAAUUCCCUAGAAAAGUUGAACAACUCCGAGACAGACUAAAACGUCCUCUCUCCUACGCCGAAAAAGUUCUCUACAGUCAUCUAGACGACAGCUUCGACGAGCACAUCACCCGCGGAUCCUCGCAAUUGAAGCUCCGACCUCUGCGAAUUGCGUGUCAAGACGCGACAGCUCAAAUGGCUCUUAUACAAUUCAUGUCAGCCGGGCUAGAAUCCACGGCUGUGCCGACGACCGUGCAUUGUGAUCAUUUGAUUGUUAGUCGCGAUGGGGAAGCGGAAGAUCUGCCUCGUGCGCUGGAUGCUCAUCGCGAAGUAUACGAGUUCGUGGAGAGUGCGUGUCGGAAGUAUAAUAUGGGGUUUUGGAGGCCCGGGGCUGGUAUUAUUCAUCAGAUUGUUCUCGAGAAUUAUGCGUUUCCCGGGGGCAUGAUUGUUGGGACGGAUUCCCAUACGCCGAAUGCUGGUGGACUGGGUAUGGUGGCUAUUGGCGUUGGGGGCGCUGAUGCGGUGGAUGUUAUGGCUGGGUUGCCGUUUGAGAUGACCGCACCGAAGCUGCUGGGCGUGAGGUUGACGGGGUCACUUUCUGGCUGGGCAUCGCCGAAAGAUAUCAUCAAUACCGUGGCUGGCAGGAUCACCGUAAAAGGCGGUACUGGUUAUAUCAUUGAAUACUUUGGUCCUGGUGCGCAGACCCUCUCGGCUACUGGGAUGGCGACGGUUUGCAAUAUGGGUGCUGAAACGGGCGCCACAACGUCGAUCUUUCCAUAUGCGCCGCAGAUGUCGGACUAUCUGCGUUCAAAUAACCGUUCGGACAUGUCCUCUGCUGUAGAGAGCAUCUCGUCUGAGCUCUCGGCUGACCAGGGAGUGGAAUAUGACCAGGUCAUCGACAUUGACCUGUCCACGUUGGAGCCGUGUAUCAAUGGCCCUUUCACCCCUGAUCUAUCGACUCCUACGUCGAAAUUCGGUCUUGCAGUCCGAGAGAACGAAUGGCCCGAACAGCUCACUGCUGGUCUGAUCGGAUCCUGCACGAAUUCCUCCUUCGAGGACAUGAGCAAAGCGGCCAAUAUCGCUCAACAGGCGUUAAAUGCAGGGCUCAACCCAGCCAUGCCAUUGCUCAUCUCGCCAGGCAGUCUCCAAACCCGCGAUACUCUCCAGCAAGCGGGCAUCCUGCAGGUGUUUGAGAAGCUCGGAGCAACAAUGCUACCUAACGCAUGUGGUCCUUGCUGCGGGUCGUGGGAUAGAGCUGAUAUGCCCAAGGGGACCAAGAAUUCCAUCAUAACCUCCUAUAACCGCAACUUUCCCGGCCGUCUAGACUCAAACCCUGCAACCAAUGUCUUCCUCGCCUCUCCCGAAGUCGUCAUGGGCAAAGUCUUCUCAUCUAAUCUUUCCUUCAACCCUACCCUCGAUUCUUUGACUACCCCCUCAGGCAAGGAAUUUCACUUCUCUCCGCCAACAGGCGAAGCCCUCCCAUCCUCGGACUACCAAAACUCCGACGCAGCCUAUCAAUCCCCACCACUAGGAGACCGCAGCAAUCUCGAGAUCCAAAUCCAUCCCUCGUCACAGCGUCUACAAAAGCUCGCUCCAUUCGCCCCCUGGUCUGGAGAAGACUUCGAAAACUGUCUCAUCCUGAUCAAAACAGUCGGAAAGUGCACAACAGAUCACAUCACCCCCGCAGGGCCGUGGUUUCGCUAUCGCGGCCACCUAGAAAACAUCUCGAACAACACGCUCAUCGGCGCCGUCAAUGCGGAAACACAGAAGGUUAAUACCGUCCGAAACCAGCUCACAGGUCAAGACAAAGACGUCCCAGCCACGGCACGAUACUAUCAAUCAGAAUCGAUCCCCUGGGUUGUUGUCGCGGAUCAUAAUUACGGGGAGGGAUCGUCGCGGGAACAUGCGGCCCUGCAGCCCAGGUAUCUGGGUGGAGUAGCUAUUAUUGCGAAGAGCUUUGCGAGGAUCCAUGAGGCGAAUUUGAAGAAGCAGGGGAUGUUGGCGUUGAGCUUUGUGGAUGAGGGGGAUUAUGAGAGGAUUAGGGCUUCUGAUCGCGUGAGUAUUCUGGGUUUAAAGAGGUUGGAGCCGGAGAGGAAUUUAGUUCUCAGGGUCACUCCGAGGGAGGGUGAGGUGUGGGAGACGGAGGUGAGGCAUUCGUUUACGGAGGAGCAGAUUCGUUAUUUCAGGGCGGGGAGUGCGUUGAAUUUGAUAUCUGGGAGAAAGUGGCGUGAGUGA